AUGGCCGCCUCCCUCGCACCCCAUACCUCUCCGCAUGCCUCCCCGUUCGACUUUGAGAACACAGACGACGAAUCAUGGCAGUAUCUAGAUGAUUCGAGCGGCGCGUCGGCCGCUGGGUCGGUAGGGUUCCUUCCGAGCCCUGCGAGCGGUAGCUUGAAUGGCUAUGCCAUUGUCGGGCACACGCAAGCGAACUUGACGCCGCCGCCGCAGGCGUCUCUUUCGCCAUUAAGUUUCGUGGACAUGGACCAGGCCAUGUUUUUGCCCGCGAGCACCUCGUUUGCCGGGCAGGAAGGGCUCGGAACGUCUGGUGGUGCGGCCAGGCUUGUGCAGGGAAGUGAGGAUACGAGCGGGAGCGGCAGCGGCAGCGGCAGCUUGCUGACGCCGCACGAGUAUUUGUUUGCUGAUGGAGGCUUGUCGCAGCAGGACAUGAUGAAUGGCGAGUCUUGUCAACCAACCUACAUGGCGCCGUUCAUGAGCAGCUUCCUCACAAGCGGGCAAACCACCACCACAGCUGACUUCACGUCGUCGCUAUUCCAGGCAGACCCAGCCAUGACACCGUGGAACGCGACAAGUCCUACCACCAUGGCAGACGAUCACAUCUUCUCCUUUGGCGAGCUCGUCCCUUCGUCCAACAACACCUCCACGAGCAACAGCAUCACGUCCGCUGCACCUCCGCCUCCGGGAUCCAGUCCCAAAUCACCCGGCAUCAAGGCCGACUUCUCCAAAUCCCCCAUGAGUGCCGUCCGCAAAGUCAAGGACGCCAAGAUUGAAAAGAAGACCCAAAAACCUGCCGGCUCACAAUCCGGCAAGUUCUUCAUCAUGACACCCACCUCCAUGACCGCCCACGCCGGCCGCCCCAACCCCUUUGAGUGCUUCGAGGCCAUGCGUGCCACGCAGCGCGGCCGCAAGGGACCUUUGGCGGACGAGACAAAAGAAAACGCCCUGCAGGUCCGUCGUCUAGGCGCCUGUUUCUGCUGUCACAGCCGCAAGGUGAAAUGCGACAAGGAGCGGCCCUGCAAGCACUGCAAGCGGCUAAUCCUGCAGAUUCCGCAGGUGGUGUGCUGGCAGUUUCACGAUUUCAUCCCCGUCUUGUUCCCGGAGUUCAUCAGGGCGCACUUCAAGAAGGACGAGAUGGCCAAGUUCCUCAGAGACAACGUGGACGGCCCGGUGGCGGAUGGUGUGCCGCAGCCGUGCGAGGUCGAGCUGUUCUGCGGACCGCGCUUCUCGGCGGUCCUGAGCGUCAAGGCCGUCCUCUUCACCCCCAAGUCGCGUGAUGUCCUGCAGCACUGGCAUACGGUUCCACACCGUGGCAGCCAGAGUCUCCAGGCGAACGGCUCCGCGCCUAUCGGGCUCGAGUUCAACACGGCCGCCCAGAGGGACGACGUGAGGAAGAAGGUCAAGGCGUACGUGGCGGACCUAGUGAACGAACCCUUCUACGCGGAGCAGGUUACCGACUCGGUGACUUGGACGCAGUUGCCCGUCAAGAUAUUGAGGAUCGUGCAGACAUAUGCCAAGCAGUCCGAUUCGCCAAUGGUCAGGCGUGCGUUAUCCAUCUACGCAAUGCACUACAUCAUGACGCGGCACCUCUGCAUAACCCCCCGAUCCGUCGUCGCUCUCGGGCCCUCGUUGGGCCCCGUGUGCCGAAACGCGCCCUUCGUCACCUCGCGCGUUCUCGCUCGUCAAAUCAAGUCCCUCGUUGACGAGCUAAUCCUCCGCGAAAUGCAAGUCGUCUUCGAACUCUUUUCCAAGUCCCUGAAACCCAAGCACCGCCGCGAGUGGGCACCUUGCGCCGCGGCCUUCCUCGUUCUCUGCCUCUUCAUGGAAGCCGUGGAGACGACGGCUGACAACUUUGUCACUUGUCAAAACGAGAUUCAUCGCCGGAACGCCUCGCCGGCAGAGUACAGGCUGGGGUUUGCGCUGGAUAUCUGCAAGGAGCUGGAGAACAUGCCCUUUAAGCAGUUUGCGUACCAGUUUCACAACAUUUACCAGACGCACGCCAAGGACGCCAACACGAAGAGUUUCAACCCGCUGUUUGAUGAGAAUUUCGAGGCGCAGGGGGAGCUGGACGGGCCGGCGGUAGAGAUGGUCCGCAGCAUGAGGGACUUGUUUGCGGGUGAAGCGUGGCAAGACAUGCAGUUCCUUGCCGAUGACGAGAUUAUUCUCAGUAGGGGCGAGAGCACGCACUCUACAGACGGCUCGUUUCUGUACACGGGGCGGUUGGUGGCCAAGUUUUUGCUGUCGUUUACAGACGAGAAUGCCAUUUUCGGCGGCAAGAUCUAA